AAGUCUCUCUUUCCUCUUUUCUGUAUCAUUACAAUUUACAGCUUUUAUCCUUUCAUUGUGGCUUACUAGUUGUCGUUGUUUGUAUUAGUUCUUUGAAUUGACUUAUCACUUAAUAACUGCUUAUCUCUUGUUUUGCUGGGUUCUGCAUUUUUAACUUUUAUUUGCACUUCAGUUCUACGCUUUCUUCUAUAUAUGGCUUGAUUUAAUGUCUUAAUCUGCUGCCUAUCACUUUCUAUUGUUGUUAGGUAUUCUUUUAUACUACUCCGUAUAAAUUUGUGUUUUUUAGGUGGGGAAAUAAAACAUUUGGCAAUUUGGGUUGAGUUUUCCUGAAUUCUGAUUAAUUAUACACCUGAGGGAGUGCCAGAACAGUUAGCUGAGAAUCUACAAUAAAGGUGCAAAACAAAUCUUUUGUAUCUGGAAUUGCCUUAGAGUCUUUUAAUCGCAGACUUUUCCAUAUAUUCGACUGGCGAGGGUGGUGAGGUGAAUUACAAUGAGGGAAUCAGAGAAGAAGAAAGUUCAGAAAAACAAUCCACCAAAGCCAUCUGUGAGAACACCAAGGCGAGAGAACAAAUCAGUUCAAGAGAAUGUCCGCAAACCAUUAAAUGCAAAAGAAUCUCAUACUAAGGCUUCUCGUGCGAAACCACCAUCUAAUAGUAUUACAAGCGAUAAAAAUGUGGGUGCAGAGCCUUCUGAAGUUUAUGAAAAUGUGGUUAUUCAUUAUGUGGAUGAUGCACACAGGUCAGAGGAUGCAUCUCAAGGUCCUAAAGGAGACGAGGAUGAUGUUUUAGAGGAUUCUUCUAGUGAGUUUGGUAAGAAGGGAGAUGAUUCUGAUUAUGAAUCUUUAAAAGGUUCAACAUCUUCCCAGGAUGAUAUCCAAGGUGUUGAUGAUCUAAAAAUAGAUGGAGCUUCAAAUGUUUCCAAUAAAAUUCCAAAUAAGGGGUCAUUGAAGGUGAGUGAUACUCAGGAAAAGAGCAACUCAGGGGUAAAACAUUCCCAUUCCCUGCCAAGAGAGCCCAUGAAAUCCGAUGGUUCUAAAGUAGUUCCAAAAGAUUCUUCAUCUGAAUGUUCUGAAGGAACUGAGGAUAAACCUAUUGAGGUAACAAACCAAGAAAUAUGUAGCGGAAGUGAUGAUGAUACUGUUUGUGCUAAAGGUAAUAUGAACACCGAGCAGGAAAGAGCAGCCUUAAAACAGAAAGCUGAAAUUAUGGAAAAUAGGAUUGAGAAACUGGAGGAUGAGCUAAGAGUAGUUGCUUCGCUAGAGAUCUCACUUUAUUCUGUGAUACCGGAGCAUGGUAGUUCCGCUCACAAAGUACAUACACCUGCUCGACGUCUUUCUAGACUUUAUAUACAUGCAUGUAAACAUUGGACUCGAAGUAAGAGAGCAACCAUUGCCAGAAAUACUGUUUCAGGGCUUAUUCUGGUUAGCAAAACCUGUGGAAAUGAUGUUGCAAGGUUAACCUUUUGGCUCUCAAACACUGUUGUUCUAAGGGAAAUCAUCUCACAAGCAUUUGGCAUCUCUGGUCAGAAAAGCCCAGCAAGGUUUAGCGCGUUAAAUGGUAGUACAAAAGGUAGUGAGGGAAAUGCUUACCCGGGGAAAUUGAAGGGACAUUCUAGUGGGAAGCAAGUAAAUAAGAUUUCCCAGCUGUUCGAAGAUUGGGAAGAGACGAGCACUUUCACUUCUGCUUUAGAAAAAAUUGAAUCAUGGAUUUUCUCUCGGGUUGUUGAGUCAGUGUGGUGGCAGGCGCUAACUCCAAAUAUGCAAAAGCCUGUUGAGGACUUGAUAAGACAAAAGAGCAUUGGAAAAUUGUUAGGUCCAUCUUUAGGUGAUCAGCAACAAGGAACUUUCUCUAUUGAAUUGUGGAAAAAUGCAUUCCAGGGUGCUUUCGAGAGGCUUUGUCCUGUCCGUGCUGCAGGACAUGAAUGUGGUUGUCUGCCAGUAUUGGCAAGGAUGGUGAUGGAACAAUGUGUUCGAAGGUUAGAUGUGGCUAUGUUCAAUGCCAUACUAAGGGAAUCUGCACAUCAGAUUCCUACUGAUCCAGUUUCAGAUCCUAUAGUAGACUCAAGGGUUCUACCAAUUCCAGCUGGGGACUUCAGCUUUGGCUCUGGUGCACAACUAAAGAAUUCUGUUGGGAAUUGGUCGAGAUGGUUUUCUGACAAGCUAGACAUGGAGGAGGACUCCCUCCCAAUAGAUGAUACUGAAACCUACAGCGAUGAUCACAAUAUUACACAUGAUAAAACUAAAUGUUUUUUCCUUCUUAAUGAACUGAGUGACCUCCUGAUGCUCCCUAAAGAUAUGCUUAUGGACCGUUCCAUUAGGUACGAGGUUUGCCCUUCAGUAAAUUUGGGUGUGAUUAAACGGAUCCUGUGCUACUUCACUCCAGAUGAGUUUUGUCCAGAUGCAGUGCCUGGAGAAGUCUUAGAGGCACUGAACGCUGAGAGUUUUGUGGAGCGAAAAGUAGGAGGAGAAGCUUUUGGAAGCUUUCCUUAUGGAGCUCCUGUUGUUUCGUACUUCCCUCCAUCAUCUGGUGAUGUUUCAGAGAAAGUUGCCGAGACAGGAGGGAAACCUGGAGUUGAGAGGAAUAUGUGUAUAGUACAGAAGAAAGGAUACAUGAGCGAUGAGGAAUUGGACGAUAUAGGUUCCCCACUCACCUCCUUCAUUGAGCAAUCAUCACCUCGUAUAUUGCAAAAUGGGAAUGCAGGGCUGAAAUCCUUGGAACAAACUGCAGGCUGCAUAGUGAAUUCAAGGUAUGAGCUCCUCCGAGAGGUGUGGUCUUUGUAGGUUCUGAUGGUGUUUGUGUCUGCACCCUCCUUUUCUUCAUCUUUAGGUGUAUACAUACAAGGAUAGAAGCUGAAAAUUUCUGAAUCCGCAACAAAUGAUGUAUGUUAAGUAGUACUAUGUAGUACAUUGUAAGUAAGUUUAGAGGAAUGCAAUCUAAAGUUUACGUUCAUGUAAAGGAAAUAAAGUUUACUUGGUGAAAUUGGGCAAAGAUAAGCCGCUAUAUUGAAAAGGCAUUCGGAUAAUUGUUGUCAGCCGCAA